AUGCAGGAACCCUACCACGUCCACUUCGCCAAGGGCGCCCUGCCUCCCCGCGCCCAUGCCGAGCGAUACUUCUUGGACCCAGAGUUGGGGCAACAGAGAGGAUGCUGUCAUCAGUGGCGCCAUGAACCGGCAGCCCCCCGAGUCCUUCGGCCCUAUCGGCCGAUCCCCCAGCCCCACUGGCAGCUGGCCUACCCUGGCCGGCGGGGGGGCAGUGGAGGUUGGCGCCGGGGGCCCCAGCCCCCCGACUUGCAGCAACAACAGCAGCAGCGGCAGCAACCCCAGCCCCCACCUCCCAGCCCCCUACGGCAGCGCUUCUGUCCCAUCCACGGGGUCCAGGGGGGGCCGCCUGCAGCCACCAUUGCCCUCAUGGGCUCGGCCGGCACCCCACAGCCGCCCCCUGCACCCACCACCUCACCCGCCGGCGUUCUCACCAGUGCGCCCACCACCUCGCCCGCCGGCGCGCCCACCCCGGCUGCCAGCAGCAGCCCAGCCCCAGCCGCCGGAACCGUCCUGGAGCCCGGCGAGCCCACCGAAGCCCGACCCCUGCCUGCCCCGGCGGCCUGCGGCCCCUUCACCUCCUACAGCUCCGAUAUCCUGACCGAAGAUGAUGUCUACUGCAGUUGCCUGGCCAAGACCCUUUGCCACGUGCCUGUCCCCGUGACCGUGGGUUUCUACGCCCCGUUUGGCUGUCGGCUGCACAUGAUGCUGGACAAGAUCACCUCGCUGAUGCAGCAGGAGGCGGAGCAGCGCGAGGCGGAGGAGCUGCAGCGCGUGCACUUGCGGCCGAGGGCGGUGAGCGGCUGGGGCUUCCCGCAGUUGCUGUGGUACCUGGUGUUCCUGCAGCCCAUCAUCACCGAGGUGCACCUGCGGCGCAAGAACGUGCAGUUCCUCUUCAUCCGCUUCAGCGCCUGGCAGUACGCGGGCACCGACAAGCUGUGGGCCGGCCUGGUGACCACGUUGUGCGAGGGCAUCCGCCACCACUACGGCGCGCUGCCCUUCAGCGUGUACUCGGUUCUGAGCAACAAGCCGGGCACGUCGCCGGGCUUCAGCCAGCAUGAGUGGCACUGCCGGCGCCGCGUGUGCCUGGCGCUGGUGGCGCUGCUGGCGGCGCUGUGCCUCGGCGUGGGCCUGCUCUACCUGUCCAUGUGCGGCCACGCGCCGGGCCACGCGGGCGCCAGCGGCAGCAUGCUCAAGGUGUUCGGAGGCGCGGCCACCACGCUGUCCGGCUCGGGGCUGCUCAUGGCCGUGUACUCGGUGGGCAAGCACCUGUUCGUGAGCCAGCGCAAGAAGAUCGAGCGGCUGGUGUCCCGGGAGAAGUUCGGCAGCCAGCUGGGCUUCAUGUGCGAGGUGAAGAAGGAGGUUGAACUGCUCACCGACUUCCUGUGCUUCCUGGAGAUCUACCAGCGCCGCCGGCUGCGCGUUGUGCUCGAGGUCACCGGGCUGGACACGUGCUACCCGGAGCGGGUGGUGGGCGUGCUCAACGCCAUCAACACGCUGCUGUCCGACAGCCACGCGCCGUUCAUCUUCAUCCUGGUGGUGGACCCCAGCAUCCUGGCCUCGUGUCUCGAGAGCGCCGGCAACAUGAAGGGCACGGCCGACAACGGCUACCACUUCCUCAACCGCACCGUCACGCUGCCCUUCUCGGUGCCCAUCAUGGGCCGCCGCACCAAGCUGCAGUUCCUGCACGACGCCGUGCAGAGCCGCGACGACCUGCUCUACCGCGAGAUCACGCGCAAGCUGCGGCCGCCGGGCGCGGGCGCGGGCAGCCUGGACGCCGCAGAGGGCGCGCAGCUGCUGGCGGUGGAGACUCAGGCGGGCGCCGAGCGCAAGCAGAGCCGCAUCGACGCCGAGGCGGCGCGCCGCAUCCAGGAGGCACUCCUGUGCCUGCACGACGAGCGCGACUGCCUCUACGAAUACGUGCCGGACAACAUCGUGUCCAUGCGGCGCAUCGUCAACACCGUGCCCAUCACCGUGCGCCUGCUGUACCAGCAGCAGCAGCAAGCGGACCUGCUGGGCCCCACGCCGCGCCAGGCCGUGGCGUGGGUCGUGCUCGCCAACCAGUGGCCGUGCCGCCUCAGCUGGGUGCUGCAGUGCCUGGAGGACCGGCAGCAGGCGGGGGGUGCGCCGCCCGGGCGCGCGCGCCUCUGGGACGUGUUCUGCGACAACAGCCGCGAGCUGCAUACCAUGACCAAAGCGUUGCAGAACGUGCUCGACCUGGACGGGGACCCUGAGCUCUUCGAGCGCUUCCUGGACGCUGACUUCCCCUUCACCGUGGCCGAGGCGCAGAGCCUGCUGCACUGCACCGUCAACCUGGACCACUCCAUCCGCCGCCGCAUGGGCCUCAUCCGGGCCGUCAGGACGCUCAAGCCGCCCAGCCCUCCUGGCUCCCCUGCCCGCGACGCCUCCCACGCCACUAACGGGGCCUCCGGCAGAGCCGCCACUGCCACCGCCCCCAAGGAGGCGCCGUCAGCCCACGCCAAUAGAGCCAAUAACACCUCCUCUUCGCCCCCAUCAAGACCCCAGAAAGGACAUGCAUCGGCGAAUGCUAGCAAUGCCCCCCCACCCCGGAACUGGACAAAAGGGGGCAAGUCAGGACCCCUGGCCUGA